AUGCAGGUGCAAAGAAUUGUCCCAAACUCUUGUUCCAAGGAGCAUCAUGUCGAGGUCGGUAAUACAAAGUGCGUCGUGAUCCAGCAAUCAAAUCAGUUCUCGCAUGCCAAGCCGGCCUCGACAGAAUCAUGGGACGCCGAGUUGGCCACCGAUCCCCUGGGUCACUUGGAUCCUCCUCACCCUGCACAGUUUCCGCCCCCCCGGGUCCCAUCUAUACCUUACUCCCCCGUCUCCAUCCCUAUCUCCGCCCCCGUCCCCGCGCACAACCCCCAACUUGCCAAGAAUAUCCGACAGGACGCAUGGUCAAGCCUUUUCCUUUCCCUGCCCCGAACGGGUUCCGCCUCGCCCGCCUCGCCCCCCUGGCCCCUAUUUUGCCUCCUCCACAGCCUGCAACAACUGAACCUCGAAGAUUGGUUCCUGCUCUCACGGCACCUGACCUCUGGGACGUUGCUCAAGAAGCAGCGGCCUUUGCUGUUUCCGCACGGGAGCAGCAGCAGGAGUCAAAAGACCACCAUGUCUACAGAUGCGCAAAGUCCCCGAUGUUAUCCGCACACUCGUCUGAUACUGGGUUUGAGCAGGGCUGGGUUCAGCAGGUAUAUGCUCCGCUCAUGA